AGCGGGGGGCGCGGCGGGUGCGCACAGAACGUUACUGAACCUGUGGUUGCUCCUGAAACCUUGGCUGAGGUGCCUGAACAUGUGCUUCGAGGACUUCCAGAGGAAGUGAGGCUUUUUCCAUCUGCUGUUGACAAGACUCGGAUCGGUGUCUGGGCCACUAAACCAAUUUUAAAAGGCAAAAAGUUUGGGCCAUUUGUUGGUGAUAAGAAAAAAAGAUCUCAGGUUAAGAAUAAUGUUUACAUGUGGGAGGUAUAUUACCCAAAUUUGGGAUGGAUGUGCAUUGAUGCCACCGAUCCAGAGAAGGGGAACUGGCUACGAUAUGUGAAUUGGGCUUGCUCAGGAGAAGAACAAAAUUUGUUUCCACUGGAAAUCAAUAGGGCUAUUUACUAUAAAACUUUAAAGCCAAUCGCGCCGGGCGAGGAGCUCCUGGUCUGGUACAAUGGGGAAGACAACCCCGAGAUAGCAGCUGCGAUUGAGGAAGAGCGAGCCAGCGCCCGGAGCAAGCGGAGCUCUCCGAAGAGCAGGAAAGGAAAGAAAAAAUCCCAGGAAAAUAAAAACAAAGGAAACAAAACAGAAAAUAUAGAACUGAAGACAGACGAGCCAUAUUUUACCUCUGUGAAUAUGAGAGAUUCUGCAGAAGAUCCUAAAGAGGAGGAUGAGAAGCCCACAGCUUCAGCAGUUGGGCAAACAGAAAUUCCUCAAGAGGUGGUUAUUCAGGAUGUGCUUCCAGAGCCAGUAAUCCCUCCCCCUACCUGUGAAUCACAGACACAACCAGAUGAGAAGCUAGAAGCCACAAACUGUGAGGUGAAUGAUUUGGAGGAAGAAGAGGAGGAAGAGGAGGAAGAAGAUGAGGAGAUGGAAGAAGAGGGCGAAGAAGAAGUAGACAUGCCAAAUGACUGUUCUGUAAAAGAACUAGAAAUACGGUGUGAUGAGAAGUUAGAAGAUUUACUAGAAGAACCAAAAAGUACUACAAAAGAAACUCUUGAAGACUCUCCGGAAGUAUCACCUGCUAUCAAAAUUCCCAAAACUAAAGAAGAGGCCAAUGGUGAUGUAUUUGAGACAUUUAUGUUUCCAUGUCAACAUUGUGAAAGAAAGUUUACUACCAAGCAGGGACUAGAACGUCACAUGCAUAUCCAUAUAUCUACCAUCAAUCAUGCUUUCAAAUGCAAGUACUGUGGGAAAGCAUUUGGCACGCAAAUUAACAGGAGGAGGCAUGAGCGUCGCCAUGAAGCGGGCCUAAAGAGAAAGCCCAGCCUAACACUACAGUCUUCAGAAGACCCGCCUGAUGGCAAAGUAUCUGGAGAUGGUGGUUCUCCACAAGACGAAGCAAAUCCUCCUCCUCUUGGGCAAGACUGUCUGAUCUUGAAUUCAGAGAAAGUGUCCCAAGAAACAUUAAAUUCUUCUGUUGUAGAAGAGAACGGAGAAGUUAAAGAGCUUCAUCCAUGCAAAUACUGUAAAAAGGUAUUUGGGACUCAUACUAAUAUGAGACGACAUCAGCGUCGAGUUCAUGAGCGUCACCUGAUUCCCAAAGGUGUACGGCGAAAAGGAGGUCUCCUUGAAGAGCCACAACCUCCUGUGGAGCAGGCCCAGCCUUCCCAAAAUGUCUAUGUCCCAAGCACAGAACCCGAAGAGGAUGGGGAAGCAGAUGAUGUGUAUAUCAUGGAUAUUUCUAGCAAUAUCUCUGAAAACUUAAAUUACUAUAUUGAUGGUAAAAUUCAGACUAGCAGCAGCACUAGUAACUGUGAUGUGAUUGAGAUGGAAUCCAAUUCAGCAGAACUAUAUGGUAUCAAUUGCCUACUUACCCCAGUGACCAUGGAAAUUACUCCAGGUAUAAAAACCACACAAGUUCCUGUAGUAGAUGAUCCUCCUAAGGAGCCUUCCACCAGCACAAACAGCGAGUCCAAGAAAAGGAGAACUGCAAGUCCUCCUGCAUUGCCGCAAAUUAAAACCGAAACGGAGUCUGAUCCUGUAACACCCUCAUGCUCCAUAAGUCUUCCUCUUAGCAUAUCAACAACAGAAGCAGCGUCUUUCCACAAAGAGAAAAGUGUGUAUCUGUCAUCAAAGCUCAAGCAACUUCUUCAGACCCAGGAUAAGAUAACUCCUGCUGGGAUUUCAGCGACUGAAAUACCUAAAUUAGGUCCUGUGUGUGUCUCAGCACCUGCAUCCAUGCUACCUGUGACCUCCAGUAGGUUUAAGCGACGGACCAGCUCUCCUCCCAGUUCUCCGCAGCAUAGUCCUGCCCUUCGAGACUUUGGAAAGCAAAGUGAUGGUAAAGCAGCAUGGACUGAGACAGUUCUGAGUUCCAAAAAACCCAAGUUAGAAAGUCAUAGCAGCUCACCAGCAUGGAGCUUGUCUGGGAGAGAGGAGAGAGAAACUGUGAGCCCACCAUGCUUUGAAGAAUAUAAAGUCAGUUCUUUUAGCAAUGUGUGCAACCAACAGCCCCUGGAUUUAUCUAGUGGUGUAAAACAGAAGACUGAGGGUACAAGCAAGACCCUUGUUCAGUGGGAAUCGGUAUUAGAUCUUAGCGUGCAUAAAAAACCUUGUAGUGAUUUGGAAGGAAAGGAAUUCAAAGAAAACCAUCUGGUGCAGCCACCUUGCAGUGUGGUAAAGAAAAAGAAACCAACCACCUGCAUGCUACAGAAGGUUCUUCUCAAUGAAUAUAAUGGCAUUGACUUACCUGUAGAAAGUACUCCAGAUGUGACCAGGAGCCCGAGUCCUUGUAAAUCCCUAGAUCCGCAGCCAGACCCUGCAGGUGGUAUUGAUACUGCUUCACCUGCCCCUGCAACUACGUCCCCACCUGAUGUUUCUCCAUCAUCAACUGCCUUGCAGACAUCGCCGUCCCUCUCUUCUGGGCAACUGCCUCCUCUCUUGAUUCCAACAAAUCCCUCCUCACCCCCUCCCUGUCCUCCAGUACUAACUGUUGCCACACCACCACCUCCGCUCCUCCCUACUAUACCUCCUCCAGCUUCCUCUUCUAGUGCCUCUCCUCAGCUGUGCCCUUCACCUCUCUCAAAUGCCGCUGCGCAAUCUCCACUUCCGAUUCUCUCCCCUACAGUGUCUCCCUCGCCAUCUCCCAUUCCUUCUGUGGAGCCACUGUUGCCUGCUACUUCACCAGGUCCUCCCACGCUUUCUUCAUCUUCCUCCUCCUCUUCAUUUUCUUCAUCAUCUUCUUCCCCUUCACCACCUCCUCUUUCAGCAGUGUCAUCUGUUGUUUCGUCUGGGGAUAAUCUUGAAGCUUCUCUCCCUGUGAUAUCUUUCAAGCAGGAAGAGUUGGAGAAUGAAGAUCUGAAACCCAGGGAGGAACCUCAAUCUGCAGCUGAGCAGGACAUUGUUCAAGAAACAUUCAAUAAAAACUUUGUCUGCAAUGUCUGUGAAUCACCUUUUCUUUCCAUUAAAGAUCUAACCAAACAUUUAUCAGUUCAUGCUGAAGAAUGGCCCUUCAAAUGUGAAUUCUGUGUGCAGCUCUUUAAAGCUAAAACGGCUUUGUCAGAACAUCGAUUUUUGCUUCAUGGAGUUGGGAAUAUCUUUGUGUGUUCAGUUUGUAAAAAGGAAUUUGCAUUCUUAUGCAAUUUACAGCAACACCAGCGAGAUCUUCACCCGGACAAGGUGUGCACGCAUCAUGAAUUUGAAAGUGGUACCCUGAGGCCCCAGAACUUCACAGAUCCCAGCAAAGCCCAUGUAGAGCAUAUGCAGAGUUUGCCAGAAGAUCCUUUAGAAGCAUCUAAAGAAGAAGAAGAAGAUUUAAAUGAUUCUUCCGAAGAGCUUUAUACAACCAUAAAAAUAAUGGCCUCUGGAAUAAAAACAAAAGAUCCAGAUGUUCGAUUGGGUCUCAAUCAACAUUACCCAAGCUUUAAACCACCUCCAUUUCAGUAUCAUCACCGAAACCCCAUGGGUAUUGGUGUGACAGCCACAAAUUUCACCACCCAUAAUAUUCCACAGACUUUUACUACUGCCAUUCGCUGCACUAAGUGUGGAAAAGGUGUGGACAAUAUGCCAGAAUUACAUAAACACAUCCUGGCAUGUGCUUCUGCUAGUGAUAAGAAAAGGUACACGCCUAAGAAAAACCCUGUGCCGUUGAAACAAACUGUACAACCCAAAAAUGGUGUGGUGGUUUUAGAUAACUCUGGGAAAAAUGCCUUCCGGCGAAUGGGACAACCCAAGCGAUUGAACUUUAGUGUUGAACUCAGCAAAAUGUCUUCAAAUAAGCUCAAAUUAAAUGCAUUGAAGAAAAAAAAUCAACUUGUACAGAAGGCAAUCCUUCAAAAAAACAAAUCUGCAAAGCAGAAGGCAGACUUAAAAAACGCAUCUUCAGUGUCCUCACACAUCUGCCCUUACUGCAAUAGAGAGUUCACGUAUAUCGGUAGUCUGAAUAAACAUGCUGCCUUCAGCUGUCCCAAAAAACCUCUGUCUCCUUCCAAAAAAAAAGUUGCUCAUACAUCCAAGAAAGGCGGACACUCCUCAUCUGCAAAUACUGACAAAAACAAUAGCCAUCGCAGAAGGACAGCAGAUGCAGAGAUUAAAAUGCAGAGCAUGCAAGCGCCUUUGGGCAAGACCAGGGCCCGAAGCUCAGGCCCCACACAAGUCCCACUGCCUUCCUCAUCCUUCAGGUCCAAGCAGAAUGUGAAAUUUGCAGCUUCAGUUAAGUCCAAAAAACAAAGCUCCUCUCUAAGGAACUCUAGCCCAAUAAGAAUGGCCAAAAUAACCCAUGUUGAGGUGAAAAAACCCAAAGCUGUGGCCAAGAAUCAUUCUGCUCAGCUCUCGAACAAGACAUCUCGUACCCUGCAUGUGAGAGUGCAGAAAAACAAAGCUGUCUUACAAAGCAAAUCUACUUUGGCCAGUAAGAAAAGAACAGACCGCUUCAAUGUGAAGUCUAGAGAGCGGAGUGGAGGGCCAAUCACCCGAAGCUUACAGCUGGCUGCUGCUACUGACCCAAGUGAGAACAGAAGGGAGGAUGGCAGUGGCAGGCAAGAGUUGAAGGACUUCAGCUACAGUCUCCGCCUGGCAUCCCGCUGUGCUCCUUCUGCCGCCCAGUACAUCACCAGGCAGUGCCGGAACGUCAAGGCCACAGCUGCAGCCCAGUUCCAGGGACCCCUCUUCAAAGAGUAGACCCUUCGCCUGUUCCCUGACAGCACCUGAAGUGACCUGGAAUCAGUGAAGCCAAAGGGACUGGCCUUCUGCCCCGUGGGGAGAAUUGACCUCUCCAGGUUCUGUGAGCCUGUGGGAUCGAGGGAGGACACAUGUGCCCAUGCACAUGUGUGCAUUCUACAAACAAGGCUUCUGAACCCUAGGGAGACCUGAAGGCUGCUCUGAUACACGAUGAAUGACACUCAGGUGUAGCCCUAGGACCAAGUUCUGCAGCUAAGCCUUCCUGUGGGGGUGGAGCCCCUGCUACUAUGCAAUUUUUUCAAGAGCUCCUUGAUCCUGUUUUUGGCUUCUCGAGUUGUCUUUCAUUAUUAUGGGAACUUUGGUCUGACGUAGGGUAUGGGGGGGGGUUAAGUUCCAGCCAUGUUCUGGGGGAGGCUUUCAGGAGGAAACCAGGUGCACCCUCCACACCCCCUGCUCUUUUCCUUCCCCUGCCUCCACCAUCUCUGGGAAUCAACAGACACACUGGAGCCUGGAGCCUGCCUGCCUGUCGUCCUUGACUCCAGCUCUUGGAAAACCCCCUUCUUUGACCUAAGCAAUCUGAGCUGCUGAUUCUUGGGUCACUUCCAGAUUUGAAAUUCUAGUCAGUCAGCGUGCAGCUGGGAGAAGGCCUUGUCCCUCCGUUAUAGUACCAGGGCUUCCUCCCCUGGGAAGGCACAGAAAGGGAAGCCCUGUGGAGGGAAGGCGAGGUUGCCUGUUUGUCUUUGCUUCACUGGGUGAGACCAUCAACACCUUUAGGGUCAGGGUUUCUCAAAUCAGCUGAACAGGGAAACAUGAUUAAUAAUAUAAAAAAAAAAGUCAAGUAAUUCAAAACAGGGGGGCAGAUGAAGAGAUUUCUGGGGGCCCUAAAUCACUUGCCAGAAACCAAGUUGGCAGGGAUUCAGGGGUUUCCUGCCUCUGGUGGAAGCUUCCAUGUCUCAGAGAAACGGGUGAGCGGAUCCCUGAGUUUUGAUCAAGUUCAAGUAGCGGUCUUGGGCUUUGUGCCUUUGGAGCAUACCCCAGACAAGGAUGUCUUCGAUCACUUUGGCACUGUUUCCUUAGCUCUGUUUUCAAUAGCGACCUUGGAAUCCGAGGUGGAAGGAGGGAGUAGUCUGAGUGGUUACAUACAAAAAAGGGAAUUUUUUUUUUCAGGGCUACUAUGGUUGAUCUUGCAACUCUGUAAAUAUGUACAGACACUUUUAAAAGCACGUAUUUAUGUCCCUGACUGUAAAUGCCCCGUUUUUAAAGUUUUAUAACUUCUGUUAUUUAAUUAGUCAUCAAUUGGCUUCAGCAUAGGGUCCGAUAACAGUCCAGGACAAAGGUCUCUCGAGACCCUCACAUGGGCAGAAAAAAAUGCCAAUUGCUGGCUCACAUCACAGUCUUCCUAUUUAACACCCAGCUACAUACCACUGUUUGUUGCCAGUUUUCACAAACUGGAAUCCUGUUGCCUGCUCCUAGAGUGAACCCCUCCAGGCAUGACAAACUCAGGCUGUUUCUCCCCCCUCCUAAUGAUAUACCUUUGCCCCAUAAAUGUCAGCACUCAUGAACUGUGCUCUAGACUUCCAGUUCUUGAGGGGCAUCCCCCCAUCUUUUCAUAGUGAGGAAGGUUGAUGAAGCCAAAGCUUCAGAAGUCACCUUCAGCCAAAAAAAAAAAUUCUAGGAAAUGUUGGGGGGAGAGUUUUAGAGGGGACAUAAUGAUAUUAUAUUUUUGCAUGUGCAAACGUGCUGGUCAGUUUUUUAAUACUCUCAGAUUCUCAGGAGAACAGCUACAAGUGUUCCAGUCCAGAAAAAGGGGGGUGACUUGCAAAGAGAGGUAUUCCGCAUCAGUGGGGUUCUUUCAGCAUGGGUCUGGAUUGUGGAAAAGGAUGGUUUUGUACCUACUAUGUGAAGAAAACAAUAAAAGUGUGAAGCGUGAUUGCCAUGCACACGCAUGGGGAAUGGUC